AUGAAGCGGCCGGAGCCUUCCACGGAUCUAUCCUUUACCGGAGAGCCCAUCUCAGUGGAGGAAGCUGUGACGAAAUGGCCCAUUCGCUACAGAUCUUCAAAGGCUAAAACAUCUGUAACAGUGGGAAGUACUUUUUAUGACGGUGGCAGUGACGAGACUCUGGAGGCUAAACGUCAUUACAGCCAAGCUCUUGUAGAUGGAACUCUUUUCAAUCUUGGUGACGAUGUCUACGUUAAAGCUGAAGAGGGGAACCCGAAUUAUAUUGCAAAGAUUGUUGAAUUUUUUGAAGCGGUUGAUGGUGAGCCGUAUUUUAGAGCUCGCUGGUUCUAUAGACCUGAAGAUACGGUAAUCAAAACCCUUGCAACUAAGGUUCAAGAAAAGAGGGUGUUUCUUUCCAAUGUUGAAGAUGAUAAUCCCCUCAAUUGCAUUGUUUCUCGAGUAAACAUUGUGAAAGUUCCACCCAAGAUUGUUUCCGGAGCUGAGGAGAGAGAUAUACCGCCUUGUGAUUUUUAUUACGAUAUGAAAUAUGAGCUAGCUCACCUGACCUUUUCAACCGCAGCCGAUGAUGGUGAUGCAUCAUCAACAAUUUCAAGUGAAUCUGAUUCCAAUUGCAUUCAGAUUCCCCAGAAGAAGGAAAAAUUCUUGCUUGAUCUAUAUAGUGGGUGUGGAGCAAUGUCAACUGGGUUGUGUAUGGGGGCUUCCCUAUCAGGCAUAAAACUGAUUACGAAAUGGGCAGUAGAUAUCAACAGCUUCGCUUGUGAUAGUUUGAGACUGAAUCAUCCUGAAACUGAGGUGAGAAAUGAGGCUGCGGAAGACUUUCUAAUAUUGCUCAUAGAAUGGAGAAAGUUAUGCCAAAAGUUUGGACUUAUUUCCAGUACGGAAGUAAUAGAAUCAGAUGAUGUAAUUCAGAUGUUAAAAUGCAAAGAUAAGUUAAAGGAGUUUGUGACAACCGGGUUUAACACUAACCGAUUUCCCCUUCCUGGUGAUGUUCAUUUUGUGUGUGGAGGUCCUCCAUGUCAAGGGAUUAGUGGCUUUAACCGUUUCAGAAACAACGAGGCACCACUUGACGAUAAAAAGAAUCAGCAGUUGUUGGUGUAUAUGGACAUUAUCGACUAUUUGAAGCCAAAUUAUGUGCUCAUGGAAAAUGUUGUCGAUCUCUUAAAGUUUUCAAAGGGAUUUUGUGCACGUUAUGCUGUUGCUCGUCUAGUUGCGAUGAACUAUCAGACAAGAUUAGGUAUGAUGACUGCGGGUUCUUACGGUGUUCCUCAAAUCAGAAAUAGAGUAUUCCUAUGGGGGGCACAACCAACAGAGAAACUGCCACCUUACCCUUUUCCCACUCACGAGACUCUCGCCAAAAGCUUAAUCCCUACGGAAUUUGAGGAAAUACAAGUUGGACAUAGCCAAAAGAAUCUUCUUCAGUUAGAGAAGGCUCUAACUCUUGCAGAUGCGAUAAGCGAUCUCCCACCAGCGACAAAUUCUGAGGAAAACGAUGAAAGGAAAUAUGAUACAAGACCUCAAACAAACUUUCAGAAGUUCAUACGUCUUUCCAGAGCUGAGUCGAUAAUCCCCCUGGAUGGUGGAUCAAAGUCAAGAAUGUUGUAUGAUCACCAACCACUUGAGCUAAAUGAAGACGACCUUGAACGGGUUUGCCAAAUUAUAAAGAAGAAGGGUGCCAACUUCAGAGAUUUACCUGGUGUUAUAGUUGAUGAAGACAACAAAGUGAAAUUUGACCCUUCUGUAGAACGACCAAAACUGAAAUCUGGAAAAUUUCUGGUUCCUGAUUAUGCAAUGUCAUUUGUCAAUGGAAAAUCGAAAAAGCCAUUUGGUCGUCUGUGGUGGGACGAGAUUAUUCAUACAGUUGUGACAAGAGCAGAACCUCACAACCAGACUGUAAUCCAUCCGUUGCAAGAUCGUGUAUUAACCGUCCGUGAGAACGCCAGAAUACAAGGUUUUCCUGAUUUUUAUAAGCUAUGUGGCCCAAUAAAGGAGAAAUACAUCCAGGUUGGGAAUGCGGUCGCUGUCCCUGUAGGGGUUGCGUUAGGAUAUGCUUUUGGGGUGGCAAGUCAAGGGAUGUCCGAUAAUCAGCCUGUAAUAAAACUCCCCUUCAAGUAUCCUCAAUGUAUGGAAGGAAAAGAUGAGGAGCACUCUGCUUGA